AUGUGCACGAACCAGGUGAAGGUCAUCCAACGAGAAUCUGGAACAUCUCUGAAGUGCUACUACCUCAAUGACAGUUCAGAAGACAGCAGUAAAAAUAACAAUGGAAUCCACCAUGUAAUUAAUGAAUUCACAGCCAUCACAAGAAGGAUGUCUUACUACAGCGAGUCCUGCAGACCCUGUGAGGUGACCUGCCCUCAGCCGAUUGCCGAGAGCUACAAUGAGCCGUGUGUGCAGCAAUGCCCCGACUCCAGAGCAGUCGUCUUCCCCCCACCAGCUGUGGUGACAAUCCCAGGCCCCAUACUCAGCUCUUUUCCUCAGGAGAGCAUUGUGGGAUCGUCAGGGCCAGCUGGCUCCUUUGGUCUGGGGGGCUGUGGGAGCUCCCUGGGCUUUGGGGGUUCCUCUGGCUUUGGGGGCUCCCGGGGCUAUGGGAACUCCUUUGGUUUGGGGGGCUGUGGGGGCUAUGGUGGCUCCCUUGGGUAUGGCCGUUCCCUUGGUUAUGGAGGUAAUGUGGGCUAUGGGGGCUCCCUGGGCUAUGGGUCCAGUGGCUUUGGCAAUUGCAGGAGGUCCUACAGCUCUGGUUUCUCCUCCUACGGCACGGGGUAUUACCGCCCUGGUGCCCAGAGGUGGGGCAGGUCCCGCCGCGGCAGCUGUGGGUCGUUCUAA